CCUUGUUGUAGGUGCGUCAAAUGUCAUAAUAAUUUUCAUUUUUCAGAAAAUUAGUUUCCUUUUUGCCUUUUAUAUUAUUUUCUAUGUUUUACUUACUCUUCUUGACAUGAUCAAGUGACGUUAUAUUUUUCUUGCAUCAGGCUUUGCAUAUCAGUUAAGUCGCAGUGGUUUCUUUUGGUCGUCAUUUCAAGGAUCUUUGGAUGUUCUACAAUGAGUUGCGAGGACCGUCUUCAUAAAAGGUAGCGCGCGAUUUCCACGCCCACAACACUGUUGAAUCAAAGGACGCGAGUGGGUACGGGUCGUGGGGGAUAGGUGGAAUAAGUGUGUUUGUUAUGAGAAGGCGCGGCGUAGUGUGGCGUUGAGGGGAGGACUUGGAUGGCACAAUGAGCGAGUCUCCAGGCGUGGAGUGGCUGCCCGCGUACAGCCCGGGUCCUCCACGGCACAGCCCGCUGGGGCCGAUUCCGCGGUUCCUGUACGAGGAUGUGCAGCCGCUGGGCCUGCAGCAGGAAAACAACAACAAGGAAGCUGAUCAGAAGGAGAACACCAACAAAAUCAAACAUGCGAAGCCAGCCUACAGUUAUGCCAGUAUGAUCCGGCUGGCCAUCAGCAGCUCUCCAAGCGGCAAAAUGACCCUCAACGAGAUUUACACAUACAUAUGCAAUGCCUUCCCUUACUACAAGGAAGCUGGCAAAGGGUGGAUGAACUCAAUAAGGCACAACCUGUCUCUGAACAAGUGCUUCAUGAAGGUGGCUCGCAGCAAAGACGACCCCGGCAAGGGUUCCUACUGGGCUAUGGACAGCAGCUACAAAAUGGCGGAGAUGACGCCGCGUCGGCGCCGGAGUUUGCGGAUGGCGCCGUACAGCCCCGAGUGCUCCAGCAACAGCAGCUCGGGCGAGGCGGGCGCCGCCCCCGACGCGUGCGCGCCCACGCCGCCCGCCACGCCCACCGAGUCCACGCCCACCACACCCACCACGCCCACCACGCCGCUGCCGCUCAAGGAGGAGGUGGUGGUCAAGGAGGAGACGGACUCAAAGCACACAGACGAUGCACUGACAGCCCUCAUGAAUGAGGAGCUAAUGACUGAUGUCGACAUAAGUAGAGAGCGGUGGUGGGCGGAGGGCGGGCGGCGCCACGUGUGCGGGGCGCUGCGGCACUCGUCGCUGACGGACGAGUACGGCAACUUCGUGGUGACGGCGGCGCGCCUGGACGACUGCGACUGCCCGCCCGCGGACGAGCCGGGCCCGCCGCCCGAGCCGCGCUACCCGCCCUACUGGCCCGGAGACGCCUUAUAACACCAGCUCGCGUGCCCGGCCGCCGACUGAACCACCUCAGAUCAAACCUCCCGAGUCCUAAAAGAAACAUCCUCAAAACGACAUUCUAACUCACUAACUUACGUUAGUGGGCUCAGUUUUCCGCGUGUAGACUCUAAACUCCGCUAUGCGUGUAAAAUCACUAAGAAAUGAGAAUUAAAAUCGCGGUAUAGAGGUAACUCGUUUUAAGUUUACGCGGUUAUUAUCAUAAUUAAAACACAUAAUAACGGGUUCUUACCGCGUUUAAAUGGGGAUACGAGACUCCCGAUAUUUCGACACUGUUGCAAGUGCCAUGAACCCGGUAAGAACCCGUUAUUAUGUGUUUUAAUUAUAGAGGUAACUCGUACCUAUAUCUCCUACGAAUUAAAUAGAUGAUUCACUUAAGACUAUUUAAUUCGCUCGGGUUAUAUUUACUGUUAAAGCGACUUAUGUUCUUGACGUGACAAAUUAAAGUUUGUAUAGUACGGGACUUGUUUCUGAGUCUAAUAUUUAUAGUAUGCGUUCUUUAAUGUGUGGUCUCCAAUGUAAGUUAAAUAGCAAAAACAAUGCCAAGGGUAUGGCGGACCCAACUAGUUGGCCAGCUAGUUCCGCCCACAUGCAACAGAUGGCGCCACAUUCAAUAAUGCUGUCUCGAAGCAGCUAUACGUAUAAUAUUAACGAGCAAUCGAAUGCAGUAAUUUUAUAACUCGUUUUGUAUGUUGAUUGUAAUUUUGCAGAUCAAAUAAUUGUGUGUAAGUAAGAAAACACGACACGUUGGGUUAGACGUUCAGAGACAAAAGACAUAGUCCGUCCCAUUCAUCCAAAAGAAUGGUGGUUGGAGAAUUAUAGUUCGAUAGAAAGCAGCAUGAAAUUGCGCUUAUUAAACUGCCAAUGUGUAAAUUCUUGAAUUAAUAGACAUACCAUGAAAAAAAAUUGAAUUUAGGAGUAUUUUUUUUCCGUGGUGAAAUCAGUUGAGUGUAGUUUUGCGUCCAAAUGUCAGUCACUGUAUGACAUAAUAUAUAUUUUGAUGGAAAGGAAAAAAAUACAACUUAGCUUAGUCCUUUUGUACACUCUUUGGGCGUACGGUAAACUCGAGCAACAGAAAUUUGUGCUGGAUAAUUCGACAAAGUUGUUCGUCAACCAGAAAUAGAAUAAAGAAUAAUACUACGCAUAGAACGGUAAUUCUCCGCCCCGCACCGAUCAUAUGAGGCGCCGACCGCACCCCCUCUGGGUCUUACUUUAGUCUUAAAUGGCUGUCUUGAACGUCAUAAUAAAUCCGACAUUUUAUCACGUUUUUCUAUGACACACAGUGUGCUUUUUAUAUAAAUUCCAUAGUAAAUUCGUGUUUUGAUGUUUAGUAAAAAGUAACUGAUUUGACUAGUUGGAAAAUACCCUAUUAUCGAGCAUAAGUUGGUCUGCCUAACGCGCCCGCGCGAGUUUUUACGUACGCCCAUAGAUGUUACAGCUAAAACUUUAUACAAUUAUCAAAAGUUGUUAUUCAUUUAUUCGGCUAAGUAUUGGUGUAACUGUGUACGGGAUACUUGUAUAUACACCCGUGUUGACUCGCCAGUAGCUAUAGAUGUAGUAUGUAUAAAUAUGUACGACAAAAUAUGUAGACGUAACCAAACGUUUAUAUGACAUGUUGACGGUGAUUUUAGAGGUAAUACGCCAUGGUAUUACGCGCGCGAAAUCGAAGCUAAUGUGUCCAAAGUUAUUGGAUAUAAUGCCUCCAAUAAUAAUACGGAAACACGAAAUUUACAGUCGUGCGAACUCCAAUGAUAAUAAAAUAAAAAUUGGCUAGUUGACAGAUUAACAAAAUAUGAAAAAAUGUCGGAUAUGAUAGUUUAUCUUUUCACGAUAAUUAGGCAAGUUUUUUUUAUUAAAAAUAGGAAUGCGAUUUUUUAUCUAUGUAUUACAAGACCCGAAACAGGCAGCCGUGGUUGAGCUUCGUGUGACGUUCCAUAUCACAAAAUAAACAAAAACCACAUGACUUGGCUGUAUGGGCUAUGAUCCCUUUGCCUGUCCUACGGACAAAUAACAAAAAACAAUAAAAAACAAAAACUAUCUGGCAGGUUUCAAGUUUCUUUGUUUAUUGAAAUGUGACGUCACUUGGAAAAAUGUCACGUGACCAACUGUUUUCGCGCGAAAUUUGAAAUGAAUGACGAAAAAUAUGUUUUUUUUUCUAUUAUAUCAAACUUUUUCGAGAAAAAAUAUUUUAAGAGGCAUAAAAUCCUUAUCCGAAAACUGUCAACUAGAAUUAUUCAAUUAAUCUGGCUAACCUGAAGUCAAGUUUGGUUGGAUAUACUUUUAUAUUGGACCAAGUUGGCUUUGACUCAGUUUCAGAGGUAAAAUACAGGUAAGAAAUAAAUAUACUUUAUCUUGGCCAUAUAUUAAAAAUAAACAUUAAUAUCCUAUAUACGUCCCAAUUCCCUCGCCUUAAUCAACCAGAGGGGAUAUGGAUCAUACUCCGUGCUGCUAGGUGGAUGUUUGGACUAAUAGCCAAUGGCUUAACGUGCCUUCUGAAGCACGGAAUCGUCUUUAGGUACUUUUUUCUUCAUAUUUCAAUUCAAUAAGUCUUAAAUGGCAUUGAUGCGCUCUUAACUUCUUACAAAGCCAGUCUCAUAGUAUUUUUUUAAUCGUUUAUAUCUUAUCGAUUAUUGUCGAUGAAUCUCGUUUGAUAAUUUAUAUAGAAAAAUGGUCAGUUUUCGAGUAAAUUUUACGCCGUGGCCAGUUUUACAACGAUAAUCACAAUAAUAGGUAACUAAUGGUCGGUUAAUAAUAACUAUUCGCUCCAAAGAAGCGUAUGACUUGUGUGUUCAAAGUUGAACAUGAAUGCAUUUCGAUCGAAAGAGUUUUACAAACUUGUAUGUGCACAGAAUACUACCGUAAUGCCUAUAGGGGUCAUAAGAUGUUUAUGAAUAUGAAGAAGCAUAAUGCAAAUUGAGACUUCAAUUCUAAGUCAGGCCAUAGAAUAAAGAAUAAUACUACGUAUAGAACAGACACUACGCCCCGUACCAAUUCGUAUUGGUGCCGAGUUAGAUUUCCCUCACCCCUAGCGGGUCUAGCACCGUAAGCACGCGACUCUUUCUCGCCGCGACAGAGAUCGUCUGUCUCUUUCUGUGCAGCACUGUGACGGGUGACGUAUGUCGAGGCGAGAAAGAGUCACUUAUACUUUAGUCUAUGGUCGAACGCCGUUUAGGAGUAAGGAAGCGCGCGCGGUCUGUCUGUCUCACUUACGCGUUAGGUGGCACAUAGUAAGAUCAAGGUUUUUGUAUAAUGUCCGGGGAGAGAUCAGGGGUGUUAAAAAGACCAGAUCGCAGCAAUUCAUCUCAAAAAGCAAUAUUGCAAUUUCUCAUUUGUGUGCAUUGCGCAAUUACUUUUAUAUGCGCAAAUGUCGCAAAUUGCUUCGAUGUGGCCUUUAUAAUCCGCCUGGUUGCUAGUUAUUUUGAUGUAUUGCGGGGCCUGCUCAACCCUAUAAGGAUUACCGGCGCGAGUUGCGUGUAUGUAUCUAUGAGAGGUGUUAUCAUAAUCUGUCAAUGCAUUCGUAUUCUUAUCAGAAUGUUUGGAGACUUCACACUGUGCAUGAUUGUUGUCUUUAUACAAAUAACAAAUAAAUCAUAAUAAUUUUGUAACUUAACGAAGUAAUGGGAAAUGUAAUUAUCAGUGUCAGUAACAUAUCUGCCAAGAAAAAAUCAAUAGUUUUAUAGACUAGGCGUAGUUACCUCUAUUUAGAUGUAAACUAUUAUAUUCUGCGUGAACAGGGCUCGGAAUAAAGUAAAAACAUAAUUUAUAUUAAAUAACGACUGUUAUAUAUCGUGGCUGAUUUCAAAUAAUGACGUAUCUGCAAUAUUUUGCUAAAAUAAUUUGUGUCUCAUUGACAAUAACUAAAGGAUUAGAUUAGCUAAAAUUACAGAUACGUCAAUUAGCGAUGUCAGCGACCAUAUGAUGGACUAUUUCAUUAAGUUCUGCGUGGCAGACAAAUUAUAUCGAAGGUUGCAGCCAAUAGACGCACGAAUGCUAUCUACGUGGAUAUACGUCAUACGGCUAUUGGUCAAAGCCCUUGAUAUAAUUUACGCCGGUCGCCGUGCCGCGAGGGCUGAUAACGGAUUUAAGACGCGUAUAUAAUGCGUAUUUACAAUACAAAAGUGCUAUUCAUGGUAUAAGAAAACCAGGUAUGCUCAAAAGUGACAGCUAACAUUUCACAGUCAGCCCAGCUGACGUCAUCACACCCCGCGUUGUCAUUUCGUAAAAAAUAAAUUACCCACGACCAAUGUUUUUAAUUUACUUUGCAAGGCAAUUUAGAACUUUUAGUAAAAUAUUUACUUACAUUUUCAUGAUUUUUAUACAUAUGACAAGUGAUAGUAAUUUAAAUACAUUAGCAAUUCACUUUAUUUACAAUAAUAAAAUUGACGUCCUUGGAAUGUUGGAAAUACCAAUUUAAUGGUAACACGUCAUACGUUACUCUGCCUAAUUUUUGAACAAAACGUCAAACGAUAAAACUAACGAUAAAAACUAGUAUGCUUAAUUAAUGACAGGCUUAAAAGGCUACUAGGCUAGAGCCGUUAAACCCUUUCCAAAAAAAAAAACGGCUAGCAAUGGCGGCUUGUCAUAGGAUUGAGCAUAUUUGGUUUUCUUAUACCAUGCAAUUCAUAUUAGCCAACCAGUUAACUUAUAUCCGGAUCACCCAUCGCUUACCAGAGCGACUUUAUGUUAUAUAUCUUAUGUAUAUCUCGAGUCUUGCAAAUGGCGACUCAAUUCUUUAUCAUGCAUGACAAAGAUUUGUAGUUACCAAUACUUGUUUCUAAAGUAGUAUAUUGCCGAAAGACAACCUGAAACAAAGCGGAAUAUCGCAUUGAGACAAUCCUACAAGGCUUAGCAAUGCCGGAGAUAUGUUAGUUAAAGUCAAUGGUGGGGAAUGCUCCGUCUCGUUCUAGCAAAACAGCAUUUGUAUGUAGCUGAUUGUAUUGGGAAUAUGUGACGUCACGCGUUCCUAUUGCUGUCUCCCUUCAACCAGUGACGGUCCUAGGGUCCUAGCAAAAUAUGUAGGUGUUGCGGGACCUCAAAGUGGCACCCCUUCAGCCCCUUAAAAUAAGUGUUGUUUACGGCCAACCGGUAUGAGCAAUCUAACCCGAUGAAGUUAGUUUGCGGCCAGGGUGAACCAGUCUUGGUCGGUUUUGACGCCCCCCCACCCUCCGAUUUCGGUGCCCGGUGCGAAGGUACACUUCGUUAUUAGGGCCACCACUGUCUUCAACUCCUUUGAUUUCGGAUGGCUCUGUUUUAUUUUUCAACGGAUUUCGAUUGUUUUCACAUUUCGCUUUCAAUUUUUUGUAUAUUUUAUUUUGGAACUUUAAUAUUUGUCCACUACCCUAAUUGUGCUGUAUCAAGACUUAUUUUCUAGACAAUGAUCUAGAAAUUAAUAUACAAUAUACAUAUUUAUCGAAGCAUUCAGCGUGUUUUAAACAAGCCCUGUUUGCCAGUAAACAAGGACCACAGAUGCAAAAAGUUGUUAUUAAAACUAAUGGUUGAUGUUGGAUUUGGAAAGAUAGUGUCCCCGUAGAGUGUGGAUUUGGUAAAUUACAUAAUUAACGGAAGAGAAAAUUGUGUUAUUUUUAUUAAAUUUUGCUUUAUUUUCAAUCUGUAGUACUAUUUAUUCAUGAAUUAUUUUGAUGUCCUUUGUAACAUUUGUCAUGUAGGACCAUUAAUAGUCAAUGGACUGAUCGUCUUAUCACCGUACAGUUGCAGUAGUACUUAUUGAUUUUUUAAUAAAAUAAUAAUUUAAUGAAAUUAUGCAUUAAUAAAUUAUAUAAUUUAAUAAAAGUGACACAUUAAUAAAUUAAAUAAUUAUAUAUUUUAGAGGAAAUGCUACAGUAUUGGAGCCAGAUUGGUGACGAACAGAUCUCAGAACGACCAGUAUAAUUAUAAUUAAAAAUAUUAAUAAUUAUUAUUAAUACUAGCGUGCUAAUAAUAAUAACUGUGCAUAUGUAUACAAUCGAUUCAGUUACGUUUAGUUGGUAAUGUUUAGGUAAAAAUAUGAAUUAGUUGAUACGAAUUUAUUAUUUAAAAAAAAAAGAAUAGAUGUAUUGAAUAUAAAGUCGCACUUAUAUACGUAAAAUGCUUGUUAGAAUCGUGGAACAUCGGCCUAUAUAUAUUGGUAUAAGUAAAACCCUACCUUAGGUUCGCUUGCCUAAACUUCGAUAUAUUAUUGUAUGUAAUCUUAUCAUUUUAUUAGUAUUAAUAAUCGUUUUAGUUAAUUAUUAAGGUGCAAAUUACGUAUUUUUUGUGCCAUAAAUAAUAGGGUGGCCGAUCGUAUUAAAUUGGACGUUAGAAUGUAAAAAUCCCAUAUCUUAUUAAAAGAAUGUGUUCAGAAUUUUUAGAAGGUAUAUUCUUCAUAAUGUUAGUUGUGUGUAUAUAGUAAGCUAUUGUUUGGAAUCGACGUUUUUACUCGUUAAUUUAAAGUACAGAUCGUAUAUAAGUACAUGUCAAUUCACUCGCUACUUUAUUUCUCGUGUGAAUUGUUAAUUUUGUAUAGAUAAAAGUUAUUUUAUCUGUCGUACAGUAUACGCGUCACUGGAUCUCUAUGUUUAUAGCAGGUUGAACGUAAAGUCAUGUAACGUACAACAUAAACAAAAUGGAAAUUAAAAAGAACCCUUCCAAUAUUUUAUAUUGGCAAAUACCCGGCAGAAUUAAGUUGACAGCACACGUCAAACGGAUGGCAUAUGUGCGAGAUGCCUAUUUUAUUGGCCCGGGUUAUUCUUUCAUUUUUAAAAUUAACAUUUGUCAACUAUCCGUCCCUUUCUUUUUCAGCGAAUAAGAAAAUGACGGGUAUAACUUAAAAUAAAAUUAGGUGUCUGCAGGAAUCGGGGCCAUUGUCCGAUUUUGCAUUGAUGUAUAAUAUAAACCGUUGUAUUCUGCUACAAGUUUAGAGAUUCAGUGCAAUCAUGGGUCUAUGUUUUAUAUGAUUGGUGUAUUUCAGCCAUUCUAUCGUAUUGUAAAGACAUCGCCACACAGAGUGGAAUGUCCUAAUAUUAAACGAAUCAGAUUUAGAGAGCAUGUAUUUUGUAUAUGAAAAUAAUCGUGUAUAUUGGUUCAAAAUUACAUUCCUUAACAUAGUCGAGCAUAUUAAGAUAUUUUUAACAAAGUAAAAAAUAAAAAAAACUUUAUUUUACAAUGAUUAUUUCAGUAUUUAUGACGAUACUUAUAUUUUUUAUUUGUAAUUUUAUUUUUUGUCUAACUUUGAAUAAGAAAUUGUAACGUGGUGCGUAAUUUAGUUGCCAUCUUGAUUAUUUUGGUAGUAUUUAUUAUUUUCUGUGAUAAACCAUUUAUUUUUGAUGGAAAAUGGAACUUAACAAUUUAAUUUUCCGUUAGGUGCCUCAAUUGAAGUAUGAAAUUAUUGUUGGUAAGACAACUGACACUUA